GAGAACGAGGACGAGGACGAGGACGAGGAUAAGGAGCAUGAGGAGAAAGAGGGGAAAGGACAGAAGGUGGAAGAAGAAACGGCGGGCAAGCAGCAAGCGGAGCCCUGGUCCAGAGAAUCGUAAAACUCGACUCGCACUCAAGGAAUACCUCGCGCUAAACUUUCAAACUUCCGUUUGGGAAAGCUUAGUUUCUCUAUUUUCAAAGCUUCUAGCCGUAGAGGAAGAAUCGCUUUUCACAGAGCUAUAGUUAUCGUCUUACAAGUCCUGCGAAACUAGCAAAGGAAUAACUACACGUCGAACUUUGAGAAAACAACGUACGUUGUCGUUGCGAGAAAAGGAGAAAGAAAGGGAAAGACGGAGAGAGAGAGAGACAGAGAGAGAGAGAGAGAGAGAGAGAGAGAGAGAGAGACAGAGACAGACAGAGUGUAGGAUGCCGUGGAACGACUCGGACAUAGUGGCUCGUGUGCAACGAUAAUAUUCGCCCACGUGUGUGACCAGUGUGAAUCGUGCAUUUCGUAUUACAGAAAUCUAUAGUGAUCGCUAGAGAGAACAUUUAGAGAUCAUUUUAUAACUUAUCAAUCAUUGUACCUUGUGCCAUCGUUGGAUUUUGAUUUGUAAUGGGAAGCAGGGCCGUUGCUGUGGGGGCGGUAGCAGGUGCCGCUGGGGUUUCCGGCGAAGCUGGUUUGGCCGGUGUACCUAGACUUUUGGAAGAUUUAGCAAGACUAUCCGAGGACAAAGACACCGCCGACAUCGUUUUCCUUUUGGGAAGGGACGAGACACCAGUUUAUGCGCACAGAAUCAUUCUACAAGCGAGGUGCAAGAACUUCACAGCCGCAAAAAGGAUCGGCACGCCUGGAAACCCAACACCUGUAAGGAUGCCACAUGCUCAUCCAGAAACCUUCAGGCAAUUCAUUCAUUACAUUUACACUGGCAAAAUCAUGCUACAAGAUAGUGGAAUAUUCGAGAUGCUGGGUCUUGCUCAAGAACUCGGUGUCGAAGAACUUUGGAGAAGUUGCGAGGAACAUGUAUCGGCCACUCUAAGUCCAGGAAAUGCGUGUGCCCUUUUGACCGCAGCAUUGGAUGCACAAGAACGUGUACCAGGUGGCAAAGGUGCUUGCUCGUCCUUUAUCGAGAGAUGUUUUGCAUUUAUCGGAGAAAAUGCAGUGGACACUGUGAAAACUACAGCUUUUUGCAAUCUACCAAAAGAUGCCCUUGUCAAAUUGAUAUCUUCCGACUAUCUUGGCCUAGAAGAGGAAGACGUAUGGAGAGCGGUGUUAAACUGGGCCAAGUAUCAGGCAGGGGUGACGCAGCCUACGCAACACUGGACCGAAGAGGAACGAGUGAGGGUCUGCCAACAUUUGUCGGGAGUGAUAAAUCACGUUCGUCUACUACUCAUCGAUAGCCAGGUCUUUGCGGAAGAGGUAGAGCCGACUGGAGCUGUACCGAUAGAACUAUCUUUGGAGAGAUAUAGAUACGCGGCACUACCAAGCAAAUAUGCGGAGAUUUGUUCGGACAAGAGAUUGCAACCAAGGGUAAGCCCCUUUCUAUUCCCUGGAUCACAAAUUCUAUCAAGAGACAAAAUGGGUUAUCAACGAUUAUUGAAUCAGUGGUAUGGUGCACCGAAACAAAGUUGGCGUUUGGUUUAUAGAGCCUCUAGUCAUGGAUAUUCUGCUGCAUCUUUCCAUCGUCAUUGCGAUGGUGUCUCUCCAACAUACGUAAUAGCAUUAGGAACGCGUGGAGAAAUAUGCGGCGGAUUUAGCGACGCGCCAUGGGGUAAAACUAAUGCUAAAGGACACUAUAUUUCUUCCGAAAAAGCGUUUCUUUUCACUUUAACUAAUAAUCAAGACGUACCUCCAACCAAAUACGAAAUCGUUAAAAAGCCCUUCGCUAUUUGCUAUCACCCUGACAUAGGACCCAUAUUUGGUGCGGGUGCGGAUCUAUUAAUAUCUAGUAACUGUAACGUAAACAUGGAAAGCUACAGUAAUCUUCCUCACAGUUACGAUGGAGAACACGCUUCUAACACUGUACUUAUGGGAGAUUAUCACUUUUCCGUAGUAGAUUACGAAGUUUUUACGCCUAGCCAUUCUUCUAAAUCGAAUCACUGAUAAAUCAUACGACAUUCUCAAACAUAGUACAAUAUUGUAAAUACUUUGAUUUACAUGCUCUCUUAUACAGACUGAGAUUAUUUUAUACGCACAAUGUAGUUAAUAUUUUCAAAUAGUAUUUUAACGAAGUAUGUAUCGGGAUGUCGAGUCUCAUUAUAAUUCUAUAUUUUACACGAUAGCUGAUAACACAAAAAUUGUAUAAUUCUAAUGCCUUUUAGGUAUGCAUUUCAUAGAAUUGUACAUAAUGUACUCUAGUAUUUUUCAUAUAAACGCUAAUACAUUCUAUUCUUAUAACGAAAACGGAAAUAGAAGAAAUCCCUGUGCUACGCAAUAAGUUUUGCGAUGCUAAAUUAUGAAUAAUUAUUAAUGUUAUACCAUCGAUACUUAAAUAAUUAUAUAAUGAUUGCUUAAAUAUCAGCAAACUAAUGUCGAAAAAUUUUCUUCAAACAUUAUACGUCAAUUCUACAUGUAUAUUUUAAGAAUAAGACUAUACGCGAUAUGAUAGGAAAAAAUUUGUCGAUUUUGUUAACGAAAAUUUAUAAGAAAAAUCUAUUAUUUUUUUACUUACACGUAACGUCUGCUCGUUGGCGUCCCUUCGCUCGAGAUAUUUUUCCGACCGAUAACCUUCAAAUAUCAAUACUUAUAUAAUUAUUUGAUAUAAUUAUCGUGGAUAAUCUAUCUGAAUAAUUCAAAUAAUAUCAUAACAAGCUGUAUUUUGUAGAAAAAGAUGAAAGAAUUUACUGAUUGAUACGUACCUCGAGAACGAACGAUGCGAUGGAAAAUCAGAACAAUUAAGAUUUCAAAAUCAACCAAUCAGCGUCUUAGGACAAAGCAAAGAGAUUGGACGAUUCUUAAUUGUCGAUUAUUUUAUAGAACUAAUCAUGCCAACAUUUAAAAUUUCAUGGGGAAAUAAUUUCACAAAGUUUUUCCGUUAUAUAAAAUAAAUUAAAAAUCACGUUA